GCCACCGCGCCGCCCUGCCCGCGCUACCAUUGGCUCGCUAAAAAUGCCUCUCUAAUCUGCGCUGCUCUGUGCACGCCUCCUCCUCAUCCUUCCCCCCACUCCGCCUCGGCUCUGACCUUCCUCCUUCCCGCAGCCCCGGCGAGAUCCCAGAGCGACGCGGUGGCGGCGGCAGCGCCAGCCCCCUCCUCCCCCGGGAAGUCGGCCGGGCUUGAGGCCGGGCCCAGACGUACCGCUUCGCCCCGAGGCGCCGCCGAUGGUGCCCGGCGCUCCUGCUCCCAGCGCAUGAGCAGCCCAGCCUGCUAACCGCAGCUCCGCACUUGUCCAUCCCCCUGUGGCUACACCAUGUCCAGCUCCUACGAUGAGGCCUCACUGGCUGCAGAGGAGACCACCGACAGCUUCUGGGAGGUGGGGAACUACAAGCGGACCGUGAAGCGCAUCGAUGACGGCCACCGUCUAUGCAACGACCUGAUGAACUGCGUGCAGGAGCGCGCCAAGAUCGAGAAGGCGUACGGGCAGCAGCUCACCGACUGGGCCAAGCGUUGGCGCCAGCUCAUCGAGAAAGGCCCACAGUAUGGCAGCCUGGAGCGGGCCUGGGGUGCCAUAAUGACAGAGGCAGACAAGGUGAGUGAGCUGCACCAGGAGGUGAAGAACAAUCUGCUGAAUGAGGACCUGGAGAAGGUGAAGAACUGGCAGAAGGACGCCUAUCACAAGCAGAUCAUGGGUGGCUUCAAGGAGACGAAGGAGGCUGAAGAUGGCUUCCGCAAGGCCCAGAAGCCUUGGGCCAAGAAGAUGAAGGAGCUGGAGGCAGCCAAGAAGGCCUACCAUUUGGCUUGCAAAGAGGAGAAGCUGGCCAUGACACGGGAGAUGAACAGCAAGACGGAGCAAUCGGUCACGCCUGAGCAGCAAAAGAAGCUGCAGGACAAAGUGGACAAGUGCAAGCAGGAUGUGCAGAAGACACAGGAGAAGUACGAGAAAGUGCUGGAAGAUGUGGGCAAGACCACACCCCAGUACAUGGAGAACAUGGAGCAGGUGUUUGAGCAGUGCCAGCAAUUCGAGGAAAAGCGGCUGGUCUUCCUCAAGGAGGUGCUGCUGGACAUCAAACGGCACCUCAACCUGGCUGAGAACAGCAGCUACAUCCAUGUGUACCGUGAGCUGGAGCAGGCCAUCCGGGGGGCUGACGCCCAGGAAGACCUCAGAUGGUUCCGCAGCACCAGUGGCCCCGGCAUGCCCAUGAACUGGCCCCAGUUUGAGGAGUGGAACCCAGACCUCCUUCACACCACCACCAAGAAGGAAAAACAGCCUAAGAAGGCAGAGGGAGUGGCGCUGACCAAUGCCACUGGGGCGGUAGAGUCCACAUCCCAGGCUGGGGACCGCGGCAGCGUUAGCAGCUACGACAGAGGCCAGCCCUACGCCACCGAGUGGUCAGACGACGAGAGUGGGAACCCCUUUGGGGGCAGUGAGGCCAACGGGGGCGCCAACCCCUUUGAGGACGACUCCAAGGGAGUGCGCGUGCGGGCACUCUACGACUAUGACGGCCAAGAGCAGGACGAGCUCAGCUUUAAGGCUGGAGACGAACUCACCAAGCUGGGCGAGGAGGAUGAACAGGGCUGGUGCCGUGGGCGGCUGGACAGCGGGCAGCUGGGCCUCUACCCUGCCAACUACGUGGAGGCUAUCUAGAGGCCCCCUCCCUCCAUACUCCCCUCACUCCUCCCCACUGCCUCCCCUCCCGUCCCACUCUCGUCUCCUUCCCCUCGCCAUAGAGUUCCAGACAUAUUUUCCGAUCAAGCUUUUAUUUUUUUAAAAGUCAAAACAGAACAAAACAAAGUAUGCAGAGACAGAGCAUUUUCAGGGCCACCUGGAGGCUGGGAUGCUGGGGCUUGGGAUGGCCCCAGGGUAGGUAACAGUCUUAGGACUUAGCCCAACAUCACAACAUCUGCUCUUCGGGUUCCACCAAAGAGUCUCCUGAGCCCUGAGGGAUGGAUGUCUCCUGACCCUUCCACCCUGCCUCAUUCCUCCGUCCCACUCCACUCCAGGCUGCCGGCACCUGCCCCAUUCCCUGGCCUGGUUUCCUAACCUCUUCUUCCUCCCCUGCCCUGCUUCCCUUCCUCCACCACCCUGCUCUCAAAGGCCUCCUCUCCAGACCCCUGGCAGGGAGGCUUCCCCAUCUUUAGUCUUCCACUCUGCCCCGGGGAGCGCCCUUCUACUCCUAGCCACGUCCCUUGGGACCGGUGGGACCGGAGGAGGAACGGUCACUCUCCUCCCCCAGGGAGGUUUCCAGGGGUCCCCCAGACAUGAAAGAGGGGUGAGCUGGAGGAACUCAUGGUGUCACUGGGGUACAGGAGGGUGAAUGAAGGGCAUGCAGGCCCUCAGCCCAGGCUGUGCCAGCCCUCCCAGCCCCAGGCCCAUCUAAGGGACCAAGACCCUGUUACGCAGGCCCUUCUUUCCAGCUAUCAGCACUCUGAGCAUCGGCUCUUCAGCAGAUCCAAACCCCCUCAGCAACUUGCAGAAGACUUGUCCCCCCUCACAAGUCCCCUGGCCUAGGGUGGGGACCCCCAAACCCACGGCAAAGCCAGCAACAGUAGCAGCCUCCUCCCAUUUGCUGGGGAGGAGGUCAUCUUGUCCCCCUGGCCCCCCACGCUCCCUCCAUGUCCAUCCAAAAACCAUAAAAUCACUGGGUUCCACAUCAGCCUCUAUGAGGCCAAGCCUUGUACCUGCAAGGCUCUUGGCCUAACCAUUCCUCUGUCCUCUUCUCUGGCUGCCUGGGGAGCCCGUGAAGGCCCCAUGGGCGCCUCCAGCCUGAGACAUCAGGGGACAGCCUGCAGCUGAGUUUGGCAGAAAGGAGGAACCCUGGCCCUCAGGAAGAAGAUAGUCACAUGUUUUUCUUCCUUGUCCCCACGGCCCCCAGAACAACAUUCUCCCUGCUGGCAGCCCUUCCAUAUCUCCAAACCUGGGUCAGAGUGAAAGGAUCUUUAGGGGUGGGUGGGAGCAAAGGGCCCACCUGCUGGUUGGUGAAAGCAGUGGUGCCGGAGUGCUAGGUACCGCACAAGAUGGUGCGGGGGCUUGGGAAGCAGACCAGGGUUGGACAAAACCCCAUGAGGGCGGGGAGCUGGAAGAAAAGUGUCUUGGGGACCUCUGGGGCAAGGAGCUGAGAAGUUCUGCAGCACCAGGUGAGACUUGCUUACAGUGGAUGCCACUUCUAGGCCUCUGGACCGCAGAUGCCCUCCUCCCUCUUGCACACCUGGCCUCCUGGGCCUCCAGGUAAAGAGAGAGAGCCAGCCCAGCCCUGUUUCCCCUCAGUCCUCCUUUGCUCCUGCUGCUUCUCCCAACAGCCCACUGUUAGGAGGUAGUAGACCCCAGCCUCAAGGCUCUGACCUUCUUCAUGUGGGCGCGGAGGGUCCUGACACUCUGGCAGGGCCUGAGCUGGGGCGGGCCUUCCUCAGGGCCAGGGGCAAUGGCACCCCGGGGACAGGCAGACCUCCUUCCUGCCGCCAGCACCCCCUUCCUUAUCACUGUCUGGUCUCCAGGCUUCAGCUGCAGCCUGAGAUGUGUCCUGGGCUCCUCAGAGCCUGAAGCAAGCUUUUGGAAGCCUGCAGUCCUCCCAGCUCCAGUGCAGAAGCCUCUCCACCCUCUCCCCAGGCAGGAGUUGGGGUUGGGGGCCUCUGUCCCUCAUCGCUUACCUUGGAAAGAUGGGAAGCUGGCAAUCUGCACCUUGGGGCCUGGGCUCCCCCUCUCUGUGCCAGUGGCUUCCCAGCACCUGGGGAGGGGCUGCAGCCCCAGCUGGACUCCAGCCUGUCCCUCUUAGCACUCUAGCUGCCCACUCCAGGGCAGGGACUCGAAACCCCCUCCGUCCUGAGCAACCACCUCCAGGGCCCUGUUUGGGACCACUCUCUCAGUCCCCAGGUCCUCAGGGCCCCAGAGCAGGAGGGUCUCCUACCUGGAAGUCCCCCUGAGCUCCGGGGCCCAGCCCUACCUGCCAGUGCUGGUGUCAGGGCACUCACCACCGAGCGUGGGGGCCACACCCCUUGCCAUGCCCACAGCCUCCUCCUGUAGCCCCUGCCCGCACCCUCGAUGCUGCACGGGCCCGCCCUGGCGGGGCUCGGCGAGUAAUGUGUUUUGUCCUCAGUUAACCACCAUUCUGCAGCCUGGUUCUGCAAGGAACCAGGGCUGCCCCACCGCCCACCGUCUGCUGCCCUAGGCUUCCUGACUCCAUUAGUUCCGACACUUGUGAAACUCCGAGAAGUGCUGUGGUCUCAGCAAUGCACCUGUUUUGUACAUGAUUGUGUAAUUUAAAGGUAUAUAAAUACAAAUAUAUAUAUAUAUAUCAGUUGUGACUGUGGAUAAAAUCCAGAACUGUGUCAACCUGGCUGCGCUUUGUCAUCUUGAGUCUGUGCACCUUCUUCAGUCCUGGGGGUUUCUGAGCCCUCCGAAAGCUAUUUGUUGUUGGGAUGCAGGGGAGUAGGGGUGGUGCCCGAGCAGGACUGGGUGCUGUCCUGGCCCACCAUCUACCGACUAGGCCACUGAGGGCCGGUCCCUUCACCCUGCAGGGGCCUGGGUCUUGUCUGGACUGGGGAGGGUGAUACUGGAGGCUCCUGGAGCUCUGGCCCAUUCAGGUUCCGGGUGCCUUGGUGACAGGCCCUGACCAGGAGAGCUGGGGCAUUCAGGGUUCCACACUCAUGGAUCAAGAGUAAAUGAGGCCCUCAAAUAGGUUUUGCUUUUUAAAGCAGAAUUCUAAAAGUGACUGCUGAGGCCCAUGGUUCCUGGCUGUCCACAGUGUCAAGCUCCCUGUGUGGUGACGCUGGGCCAUGCCAUGCCUUCCUGCAUCUCGCCUGGCUCCGAAUGCAUUUCUGUGUGGGACCCGUGGGAGGGCUUCUUGGGGAGAAUUUCUCAGGGGCAUGGGCAGGACCAGAGCUCUGGGUUCUCAGCUGUUCUGCCAGCCCCAGGCCCAGCCCUUGCUCUGGCUCCCUGACUCCCCCUGCACCCCAGCCCCAGGGGAUCUCUUCUGGGGUAGCGCAGGAUCCCAGGGCCAGUCCCAGUUCCGCCAUCAGCUCACUGUGUUCCCACCCUCACCCGGGCCUCAGCUUCCCCAGUCUGGUGAGAUGUCUCUCUGAGGGUCCUCUGGCCCUGGCAGCCUGGUAGGGCUGUCACACAAGCCCAUUACUCAGGGCAAAUAUACCCCUGCCCCCUCCCUGAUACCCCUUGCCCCCAGCCUCAGGGUGUGUCAGGCAGGGAGAAAGGUUGAGAUGGAAAUGGAAUCUAUUUGCCACCCCAUCUUCCUGACUCCUCCAAACUUACCUCCAUGUGAAGCCCUGCUUUUAGCCAAACAGAGAAAUCUUCAAAUAAAGACAAAAGGUUGUUGUAUUGUCUUA